AUGUCUUUUCCAUACGAAAGCGAGGUCAAAACAGAAAUUCCAACACUUCAGAAAGAAGAAUUCAACGAUGCAACCUUCACCUACAUGAAAUGGCCUUCCAGCCUUAAGAAGCACGAGCGUAACACUCACACUAACACCACUGAUGUAGAAGACGAACAAGUUAUUACAAAGUGCAGAGUUUUGAUUGUACAUGGAUUCUGUGAAUACUACAAGAUUUAUUACAAACUUAUGGAUAAUUUAGCUUUGAAUGGUGUUGAAAGUUUUAUGUUCGAUCAAAGAGGAUCUGGUGAUACCUCCCCAGGAAAGGAGAGGGGGAAAACCGAUGAAGUUGCCACUUUUGCUGAUUUAAACCAUUUCAUCGAGAUGAACUUGAAAGAGUGUGAACCCGUAGAUCGCAAAUUGUUCCUUUUUGGCCAUUCCAUGGGUGGCGGAAUCGCAUUGAACUACGGGUGUAAUGGUAAGUACAAGGAUAAAAUCGCAGGAAUCAUUACGACAGGCCCUUUGAUUGAAUUGCAUCCUAACUCAAGACCCAAUUUCAUUCUGCGUUGCCUGGCACCUGCACUAGCAAGCGUGUUGCCGAGGUUCACGAUCGAUACAGCAUUGAAUGUGGACGGGAUUACAAGCGAUGAAGAUUACAAGGAGUUGUUAAGAACAGACCCUAAGCUAAAGUUAACGGGUUCUUUCAAACAAAUCUACGAUAUGCUAGAAAGAGGCAAGAAGUUGGUGAAUGACCCAUAUGUUGCAAAGACAUUUAAAAGCCCACUAUUGAUAAUGCAUGGGAAGGCCGACACUAUCAACGACCCGGAUUCAUCCGAAAAGUUCGUCAAUGAAAGGAUACCUCAGGUCGAGGACAAGACUGUAAAGAUUUAUAACGAUGCAAAACAUUCAUUAUUAUCAAUAGAAGUGGAUUCCGUUUUCCAAGAAUCGUUUAAAGACAUGAUCGACUGGAUCAACGCACAUGUAUAA